GGCCCUGGAAUUUUACUGUUGCAAGUUCGUCCGCAAGAGGUGCGGCGAUCGGACCAGCUGGCUGGUUUGACAGUACUCGCAGCACGGCGACGGGCCCGGGCGCCGGCGACCGGCGCAUUCCACACUCACGUGUUCACAUCAAAUGAUAAUACAAUUUCAACCUCGCGUCUUCAUUAACAACUUUUGCAACAACUCGUGAAAGUGACAAUUAGAUAUCAACCGUGAGCGCAACAAAAGGAUUUAAGAAUUCCAACUUACUGCUUGUGUUUUUUAAUACUAAAAUAAUAGUUCAGUUCCGUUUGUGUUGUGUGAAAAGUAAUAGUCGUAUUGUGUGCGUGCGAGAACCGUUUUGUGAUAUUUUUGGUUUGUUUUUUUGGUAUUGUUCCACUGUGCAAGGAUUCUGGAAUUUGGUGCAUAUUAAAGGCAUCUAAACACCUGCAGAGAAGAUAGAGAGCAGUCAACAUCAGAAGGGCGGCGCAAUGCAGGCGGCGGGACCCACGUGAGGUCCCGCCACGCUAUGGGCUCGAACAUCAGCCAGCAUUCGGCCAAGGGUCUGAAAGGACGUCGCGCCAGAUCCAGCGGCGACCUUUGCAAUGGCGACUCGAAAAGCCAAACGGAAUCGUCAGUAUGCGGAUCCGUUGUUGGCGACAUGGCCUGGAACAGGUCCCUUCCAAACCAUUUGGACGGGAACCGCCACCUUGCAGAGUACAGCCGUGUGAACAACAAUUACGCAGAAUUCACCACGUACAAUCGAUGUCAUCCAAAAGGUGGACGGGGAUUGCGGUACAGGGUUUCUAAAUCCGGGUCAGGCACCGAACCAGUAUGGAAACUGCAAGACCCUGGAUUCGACCAAGGAUACGGCUCGGAGCGCUCACCGGAAGACGACUAUGCCGCUCCGAUAGUGCCUCAAGCCGUUUCUUUGGAGGAAUAUGAAGCUGAACUGAGGACAGUCUACCCUUUUAUUAAUGAUGGAUACGCCAGACGUCCAAAAAAGCAGUGGUACGUCGUAUGGGAAGCGCUAGAAGUUCUACGAACGGCACCGGCGCGUGUCGAGUUACGGGUCUGCCGCCCGCCCCUUGAAGCAUUGGAGUCGGUCACGCCGCCUGAGCCGCCUACGCCGCCUGCGCGCACGCCGCACCCGCCACAUCUACCGCCUCAUCAACCGCUGCUUGAUCCGUUGAAUUGCCAUCCUAUGCAUGCCAGGCUCUCACAAACAACCAGCAGUGCGACCACAUCAUCAUCAGAGGGUAAAGGCCGCAGAGAGCACAGUCCUGAAGCAGACAGACGAGAUCUUCAUCUUCCCGAUCUCGAUCAACCUUUACCAGUCUAUAAUAUUCAGUAUGGGGACGACGGAUCAGUGGAAUUCGACAUAGUAAUGACGAAGGUGAAUGGCUCCCUGGGUUUCACGCUGCGUAAAGAGGAUCACAGCGCGUUAGGGCAUUACGUGCGCGCGUUGGUAAGGGAGCCGGCACUCAGCGAUGGACGGAUACAGCCCGGGGACAGAAUUGUAGCGGUGAACGACACACCGAUGUCCAAUAUGUCGCACGCGGAAGCUGUGGCUUUUCUGCGCGCAUGCGGCUCCGAAGUGCGCCUGCGACUGUACCGGGACCACGCUGCCACACCGCUCUCGCCGAUGUCACCUAAAGAAGAACCUACUGAUUCUGAUGCUCCACUUAAUAGACCUAAACCACCGCUAAGACCUGAAGCAGUGUCGAUGCUAUGCGAUUUAGCUGCGAGACGGCUAACACCGGACGCAGUCGAUAGUUCCCGGUCCCCCUGCCUCUCGCCACGCAAGUUCCGAAAACUUACUAAGGAUAACAACCACUACGAACUACCUAAUGAUAUGCCGACAUCCUACGUUACGGUAAAACCGCACAGCUCGGAUCACUCCGAGAGCGCUCAGGAAACGAAGCGGCCACAGCGAGCACACUCAAUAACCCUCGCCAGCUCAACCGCACCCACAAGUAGUAGAAAACAAAAACUAAGCCUGACAGUUCCUCCGCAUGGCUACGAGCUAAAUAACUUAGACAACGAUGCUCUGGAUGCCCCAAACGUGUACCAGGAAGACAUACAUCGGCAGAGGUAUCCGCAGCCAACAUUCCCUGUGGAUUCCGACGAGCCAGUUUCGAUGCCCGCCGAACUGUCUAGCGAUGAAGCUAGAUUCAAGCACGCGAACCCUGCCUACCAAAGUGCCGUGUUACACACUUCUACUAACAGCGACGCCACUUCUGAUGGACUUAAAGACGACAAAAAUGGUUUAAAGAAAUGGAAAGGAGUAGCAUUAUCGCCAGAUAACGAGAGGAAGGCGAAGAUACACCCGCCGCCGCCGCCGCCGCCGCCGCCUCCCCCCAAGUCCAUGGAAAAUGAUCCCGUCCAGAAAGAAAACGUCAAACCCGAUCUACCGAUAGAAGAAACAAGCAACGAACCGACGAUUGUGACAGUGGAAUUGAACCGGGGAUGGAACAGCAGACUGGGUUUUAGUGUUCAGAGCCACCCGGACUCCGGUCAGAGCUACAUCUCAGCUGUGUACAAUGACAGCGUCGCUGCAAGAGACGGAAGACUGCGGCGCGGUGAUGUCAUUUUGCAGGUUAACGACGAGAACGUGACGUCGAUGAAGACACCAGAAGUGAUUGAUCUCCUACGAAUCCUGCGAGGCUCUAUUUGCAUCACAGUGCUCCGACCCCCAACCCUCAGUGAAAAAAAACAAGAUCAGAAACCGUAUAUGUCAAAAAAUUAAGUAAGAUAAUAUAACAGAAAACGGGGUCUACAUAAUAUGGCCGCCAUAAAAAUUCUGCCGGAGUACAUAAUGCACCUAAGUUGCACGUCAUACACCCUAGGUUUGAAUGUGUGUAGAAAGAGACUCAGACCCAUUAAAUAUUUUUUGUGAAUUAAGAUAAAGAUCUGUGUAUAUAACUGAGAAAUCGAAUUGUCUCUAAUUAAAGGCAUAUAGCUAUAAUGGAAUACACUAUAUGUAUACAUAACGGGAAACACUGUCGUGCGUGUCAAAUGCUUAUUCUUUGUCGAAAAUGUUUCGAGGUGGUUUUGGAAUAUUUUUUAAGAUUAAUAAAUUUCUUAGUAAAAUAAAAAUUCUGAAACAAUAAAAAGAACAACGUUUCAAAGGAACAAAGAAACAAGUCUGAAUGAAAGCAAAAUAUAUGAUAGUGAAAUCUGCUAGCUACAUUAUAGUUUUCGCAAUAAUAGAAAAUGGAGUAGCGGGUAGCGAUUUCAGAGGAAAUCUGUGAAAGAUGUAGCAAGUAAAAUAAUGUAAAUCUUUAUGAGUUAAAUAGUGAAAUAUAAUGAAACGAAAUCCUAAACAGAAACUACAUUAUAAAGACUCCUUAAAAUCUUAUUAUCGUGAGCUGUUAUAUAACACCUAUAUAACAUUUGUUUAAGGUAUUUAAAAUAUGUAGAUUCAGUUUGAUGGUUCAUAAAAUGGCGUCAAAGUUGUCGGGAGUUGUAAUAGUUUACCGUUCGUUAAAUGUACCUUUUAACAAUUUAGUAGACAUGUAUGGCUAAAACUGGGUUAAUUCAUCAUUAUUAUAGUCCAUUAAUAAAUAGCUGACC